GUCAGCAAUAACAGGUGCGUUGCAUUGUUUAAUGGCGUCGGUUCUACAUUCUUGGUCAAUUUGUACUUUCAUAUUUUGGUAGUUAUAGAGACGAAUUUAUCAUGAAACGUUCCCAAGAACGGGAUAUGUCACCAAGGGCCCUGAAGAGGUCACGAUAUCCAGGCCCUGAGUACGAAAUUAUGAGAGAAAAGUCUCCAAUGGCCGAUUACGACCGAAGGGAUCUUCGAUGCAGUCCACCAGCUAGAAGCCGUGACAUGAAACUCAAGUACUAUCACGAUGAAGUAAGAACAAGAUACCGUGAAGACGAUUAUCCAAUAAGUAGGACAGAGGUGAAAACUCCUGAAUAUAGAUCUCUUUGCUUAAGUAAUAUUUCAAGUAAAAUUCCAGAUCAUGUACUGAAAGACGCCUUGUACAGAGAAUUUAAAAAAUAUGGCGAAUUCAACGUAAACAUUACUUACAGUGGUGAAAUGCGUGUAGCUUACAUAAAUUUCCGCUAUCCUGAGGAUGCUAGGGAAGCAAAACAUGCAAAGCAAAAUAAGAUGAUACUUUUUGAAAGAAUUGUUGUUAUUGAUUCAGUUUAUCCUAAAAAGCACCACACAACACCAGGAACGAUGCCCACUUCCAACUACGGUCGUUCAAAUGAAAUGUUUAGUUACCCAAGUAGCAGCAGCAGUAGGAGAAGCUCACCCCCAUUUCAACAAAGGAGAAACUACCACCAAAUGCGAUCACCUGAUAUUGAUUUGCCGCCACGGAAAGAAUUUUCUUCAAGUUACAGUACUCCUGGAGGAGGGGGUACUAGAAGAGCUCCAAACGAAAAGUUUCCUUAUCAUCUGGAUCAUGUACCACCAGAGGAUGAUGACAAGGCAACAAGAACUCUUUUUGUUGGAAAUCUUGAUUACAACAUUACUGACGAAGAAUUAAAAGAAGUCUUCACAAAGUAUGGGUUUCUUGAAGAAAUAGAUAUUAAGAGACCUCAACGGGGUCAAGGCAAUGCAUAUGCAUUUAUCAAAUUUAUGAACCUUGACUAUGCACACAGAGCUAAAGUAGAGAUGUCAGGACAAUAUAUUGGUCGAUUUCAGUGCAAAAUUGGAUAUGGAAAAGUAACUCCAAGUACUUGUAUUUGGGUUGGAGGCUUAGGUCCAUGGGUGACUCAUCAAAUGCUUGAGCGUGAAUUUGACAGGUUUGGAAUUAUUGAACGGAUCGAAUGGCCACAAGGGAAAAGCUAUGCUUAUGUAUUGUAUGAUAACAUAGAUGCUGCUCAGGCUGCGUGUUCAGAAAUGAGAGGGGCUCCACUUGGAGGACAAGACAGACGUUUACGCAUUGAUUUUGCUGAUGUCAGUCACAUAACAAACACACCAAAACCUUUGGAAAUUAAAACAAAUGAAAGUGGUAGAGGAUAUCAAGGAAGCAAUUGGAAGCCACCACAUGAAAGGAGGGAUGAUACUAGAAGUAUAGACGGUACCUUUAAAAGUUCAGACCAUCGAGAUGAUCGCAGACGUUAUGAAGACUUUGAUGUUAGAGUUCCUGAUGUACAGUACAGGAGACCAAGAACACCAGAGGGUUCAGAGGAUCGAAGACGCAGAAGAAGCCCUGAUAAAUAUGACUUGCAACUGCAAAACAGAGAUAAUAGAAAAUUGGGCAGAAAUUCAGAUGAUGACUUUGAACUAGAAGGAUGCAGACGAGAUACACGAAGAUUAUCAGUUGAGAAAGAGUAUUCUGAUUUGGAGGAAGUUGAGAACAUAAAUGAAAUGGUGAAAUGUCUUCCAGUGGCAUGGAAUGGUGGAAUUCUUUUAAAAAAUAGUGCCUUCCCUGGAAGGAUGCAUGUUGUUAGUGGGGACGUCACAAUUGUUGAUACAUUGAUGAGAGAUCCAACAACUACAGAAACACCAAUGCUGAAAAUAAAGCAAAGGCUGCGCCUUGAUCCACCAAAACUAGAUGAUGUAGGAAGAAGAGUAUUAGCAGCAGGUCGAAAUGGUCAUUGCAUUCUCCUAGCUAUGCCAAGUACACUCCCAAACUGGGAUGAUUCUGCUAUUCAGCAAAGACCUCUGAAGAAUUUAGUGACUUACCUUCGACAAAAGGAAGCAGCUGGAGUUAUCUCUCUUCCACCUUAUGAGACAAAAGACAAAGAAAAUGUGGGAGUUCUGUAUGCUUUUCCACCAUGUUCAUUUGGGUAUGAAUUUUUACUGAAAGCAGCCCCUCGUCUGCCACAAGAACCAGUUCAAGAUGAUUACUUGAUUGUUGUUGUCAUAAGAGGUACUGUGUAAAUCAGAUAUGUAUUGUAACAAAUGUAAUAGAACUGAUUUUUAAAAUCAAUAAUUAUUUGUUUAUAGAAAAUUUAGGAAUAUAAUUUUGUGUGGUUUAAUUUGUAAAUACCACCUUUUUUAAACAUUGUAUUCUUGUAUUUAACAGAAAAACCAUUUGGUCUAAAUAAUAUGGCAUUUUAUGUUUUGAGAUAAAUUGCUGAUUGAAGAUGGUGAAGUCUCACUUUGGAUCAAGAACAAUUUGAAUUUUUUUUAAAAACAGUGUUGGUGUUUUUCCACAUCAUUUUCAUAUGAAAUAUAUUGUAUACCAAGUAAGCUUAUUGCUUUGUUCAUAACUUUUUUCUUAUUAAUGAAAAAAUAAUGUUUUUUUUUUUUAUCGAACUAAGUUAUAUCAAAAAUGUCAAAAAUAGUGUCUGUUUUUUUUAAUACAAAAAAGAAUAAAUUACAUGGUAAUACACAGAUUUUGUGAGAUUUUAUAAUUGCCAUCUUAGUACAAUUAUACUAUUGAAUGAGGAAUCAUCUGAAUAAUUAUGAAGCAUAAGAUGUUAUUUAUUAAUUAAUGUAAAUAAUUGUAAAUCCUUCAAUCUAUGUUUUGUACUUGUCACAAGUUUUUACAAGAAAAAAAUCUGAUGUAUCUGGGGCAAUAUUUUCAGAAUUCAGUGUGACAGGAAGAGCCAAGAAAAUUAUCUAUCUUUAUUUUUUUUUACAAUACUAUUAGAUAAAAAUACAUUGUACUCAAGUUUUGACUCAUGGUAUUCCAAACCAUUUUAUGAAAAGUUAAUUUAUUAUCAUAAAAUACCAUUUUAGCAGAAUGAAUACUGUAUGCAUAAUUAAAGGUCUUUUAAGUAUGUCUGAAAAAGGACAUAAAUAUCUUUUUCAACUUGAAAUUUUUUUACUGAGUGGAAAUUCUUCAGUAUCAAGAAACUUUAUUGCUGAGAGUGUUGACCUGAUGCAAUGCCCGAAAACAACAUAUUAUUUUUUUCUCCUGGACUUAUGUAAAAUAGUAGAUUUUAAUGUGAGUAGUUUAUAAUUGUGCAAACUAAAUUCAGUUUCAAAGUACACAUAAACAUUUCCAUAAUAUUGUCAUAAAUGUAUGUCUUUUUAUGUGCAAGAAUUUUUUUCUUACAGAGUGAAAUUGGUAAUUUUCAUCUAACAUGCAAAAUGGCACAUUUUUGCUUAUGUGGAAACCUUGCAUAUAUGUGAUAUUUAAAAAAAGAAACAAGAAGGAACUUCUGCAUUGUACAGCAGACACAUCAUUUUUUUACUUGCAGUGCAUAUUACUUCAGCAUUUUUAAGUUAACUUUAGGUGCAUUUUUUUUUAAAAUAAUAAUUUCAGAUCUUGAAAACGCUUUUCAAUCAAAACCUAAAUUAAUUACAUUACCAUUUUGUUGUGAUUUAUAUUUUUUUACAGCAUUAUAGACGACGAGAAGAUUUUUAUUUAACAGAUAAAUCCAAGUUGAUACAAAAUAAAAUGUGGAAUAAAAACACUGGAAUCUGUGUAGCUUUGUGGUCAAAAUAUGUGCAAUAAGUUGACAUCUGACUUGAUACUAAAUAUCUAUUGUGAAUUAUGAAAGUGUGUGAUGUGAAUAGAUGACAUGUUUUAAGUGAUACGCAGAUCAACAAUAGGAAUGGAGAGGGGAUUGUCUGAAAAGUUAUGUUGAUGUUUUCAAGUGAAUUCCAAAUAAUCGGAAAUUGUGUUGGAAGAACUGAUCAGAAGUGUAACAUUUUUAGCCCAUCUGCACAUUCAGUUCAAAAUCUCCUAAAGGACUUCAUGUUUUGGAAUAUAUCCUGUUUUGUUUAAAUCUGCAAAAUGAUGAUUUCAGUGAUGUGUUUUGUGUGAAUUUAUUUUAACCCUAUAUAAUAUAGUUGGUAGCAAGAAAUAAACCAUGUGAAAAUAAACAAAAACCAUUGUUUUUCAGAUACGCUGUUGAAAAAGUGCAGAGUAGUAGUGAAAUCAGGCAUAUCAGUAUUUGUUGCUAAAGUAUAUGGAAGAUUCCUAGGGAUGCAUUCUGUUUCAUUGUUAUGUGCUGUGCUUGUGGUAUUAAAAUUUAAUCAGA